AUGCAGCGAAACAACCCACCACCACCACCAGAAACUACCCUGAAUCUACCACCCAAGUCUCCUAAUCUAGUGUCUCAUGAACGUAUUGUAAUGUCAUGGCCGUUGGCUAUUGUCGCGUGGUCAUGUUCUUCGAGGUUGUGGUUAUAUAACGACAAGAUUGAUCAACCUACUACGACAGCAAAUAUCUAUCCUCCCCAAUUCAUACGAGAUACACAAGAACAUCUUCUGUACCAAAUCAACACCGCAAUCAUGUUGCCUUUUCACUACUUCAUCUUCACCCUCCUCAUCAUCUUGGGCUUCACAAGUACAAGUGUUUGUCUACCUACACAAACACUAGAAGCUCAACCCGCAUCAACACUAUCGCAUUCUCUACCAGACACAACGAACAUGCCUGAUUCUCUAGAGGAAAGACAAGAGAGAAACAACGCCAACCCGUCUGUCUUUAACCCUCCCGUCACUGCAGCGCCUGACCAGGCGGAGAAGUUGGCGAGCAUGGGUUGGAGACAGACGACUUACUACGAGUGCAAGACUAGAGACGGAAAGGAGCGCUGCGGAUGGCAUAUCCCUGUAUACAAGGCCGCUGCUGAGGGUCGAAGAGGGGAGAUUGUGGGGUGGAAAGUUGUCGUUGGGAUUGCUUUGGGAUUGGCUAUGUUGUUGUAUGGAGGAUGGUGGUGA